AUGGCUGGUCGGACGUCGUUCCUGGACGCUGCGCUGCACGCCAUGCAGGAGCACGUCCGGUUCUCCGACUUGGCCGUGGCCGCCGCGUUGCUCUUCGCGUGCAGCUCCGCCAUGGCCCGCCUGACGUCGCGCCGCGGGCCCAUGCUGUGGCCGGUGUUCGGCAUCAUCCCGACCCUCUUCGCGAACCUCGGCGACAUCUACGACUGGGGCGCCAUGUUGCUGGUGCGCACCGGCGGCACGUUCCCGUACCGCGGGAUGUGGGGCGGCGGCUCCUCGGGCGUCAUGACCUCCGUCCCCGCCAACGUCGAGCACGUGCUCAAGAACAACUUCGACAACUACCCCAAGGGCGCCUACUACCGCGAGCGCUUCGCGGAGCUGCUCGGCGACGGCAUCUUCAACGCCGACGGCGAGGCGUGGCGCGCGCAGCGCCGCGCGGCCACCGUCGAGAUGCACUCGGCGCAGUUCCUCGACUUCUCGGCCACCACCAUCGGGCAGCUGGUGCACGGCCGGCUGAUGCCGCUGCUCCACCGGCUGCAGCAGCAGGGCGCCGUGGUGGACCUCCAGGAGGUCCUCCUCCGCUUCACCUUCGACAACAUAUGCGCCGCGGCGUUCGGGGUGGAGGCCGGCUGCCUCGCGGACGGCCUCCCCGAUGUGCCGUUCGCGCGCGCCUUCGAGCGCGCCACGGAGCUCUCGCUCUCCCGGUUCGUCACGCCGCCCUUCAUCUGGAAGGCCAAGCGCCUGCUCCGCGUCGGCGGCGAGCGCCGCCUCACGGAGGCCGCGCGCUCCGUGCGGGAGUUCGCCGACCGCACCGUUUCCGAGCGCCGCACCGAGCUGCGCAAGAUCGGGAGCCUGCACGGCCGGUGCGACCUCCUCUCCCGUCUCAUGUCCUCCUCCUCAUCGGGCGCCACCGACCACUCCGACGAGUUCCUCCGCGACUUCUGCAUCAGCUUCAUCCUCGCAGGGCGCGACACGAGCUCCGUCGCGCUCGUCUGGUUCUUCUGGCUCCUCGCGGGCCACCCCGACGUGGAGGCGCGCGUCCUGGAAGACGUGCGAGCCGCCCGCGGGGACGUCAAGAAGAUGGAAUACCUCCACGCGGCGCUGACGGAGGCGAUGCGGCUCUACCCGCCGGUGCCCAUCGACUUCAAGGAAGCGGUGGAGGACGACGUGCUCCCGGACGGCACGGUGAUCCGCGCGCGCCAGCGGGUGAUCUACAACGCGUACGCGAUUGGCCGCGACCCAGCGGUGUGGGGGCACGGCUGCCAGGAGUUCAGGCCGGAGCGGUGGAUGAAGGGCGGGGUCUUCGCCGGAGGAGCCGAGAGCCCGUUCAAGUACGUGGUCUUCAACGCCGGGCCGAGGCUGUGCGUCGGCAAGCGGUUCGCGUACACGCAGAUGAAGACGCUGGUGGCGGCAGUGCUGGAGGCGUUCGCGGUGGAGGUGGCGCCGGGGCAGACGGUGAAGCCCAAGCUCAACACCACGCUUUACAUGAAGAACGGCCUCAUGGUGAGCUUCAGGAUCAGGGAAGCGAGCAGCACCACUGCCACCGUGGCUGCUCAAGAAUGAUGGAAAGCUCUUCAUGCCCUGCUUGACAGACAGGAAUUGUAUAGAUCUGUCAAAUUUAGCCUUCAGCAAUGCAAACAAAGCGAUCAAGACGUCCGAGACAAGUACAUAAUUACUGCCGUAUAUAUAUAUGGCGUGUGCUUUAUAUUUCUCCAUUUUCUCUCCCUCGGUGUGCACUGUACUGUACGUGUGCUAGCUUGCCUUUCCCGCUAAUUAUUUCGUCCACAUGUACUAAAAGCCUAGAAUAUCCAUGUAAUGUUCAUCUCAGGGUUUAAGAAAACUGAGAUCAAAGUGGCCAGUUUCAUC